GCCUGCCAGAGAGGGGAGGGCGGAGCGGGGCAGGGCCGACAUGGCUGCCUCCGAGCGAGCGGACUCUGAGGUGGAAGACGCAGGACAGGUCUUCCUCCUGAUGAAGAAAGAUUAUCGGAUCUCCCGCAACGUGCGCCUAGCUUGGUUCCUCAAUCACCUGCAUCAAGUCAUUUGGGCUGUGCCUGAGUUAGAGCUGGUGAAGUCAGAUAAUGAACUGGAUGUUCUCAGCAUCCUGCCAAAUGGGUGGCAGCCACAUGAGUCUGUGCGGCCUAGGCCCUACCUCCUUGUGCCCUCCACACAGGUCACCUUCCUGGCACGACAGUACCGCUUUGUGAUUGAGCUCGACCUGAGCCCAUCCACAGGGAUUGUGGAUGACUCAACGGGGGAGAUCAUUUUUGAUGAGGUGUUUCAUGCCCUUUCCCGAUGCCUAGUGGGAUUGCUAAAACCCUUCCGAAUUCCUGGUUCAGAAAUUACUUACCAGCCAGAGAUCUUUGUCACUAUCCAAGCAUAUUCCUCCAUCAUUGGCCUGCAGUCCCACCAGGUGCUAUUCCAAGGCUGUCAGCUGGAUGAGACCAAGAGAGAGACCUUCCUGCAGCAAAUUUACACACAGCUGUGUGCCUUUGAGAAUAAAGUGGCUGAGAUGCUCCAACAACAGUAUGAACCCAAGCCGCAGGUAGAUUUGUCGCCCCUCAGCCAGGAGAGUCCUUGUGCCACACAGGAACUCUCUGGAAGGAAGCCGGGUAUCUCCAUGGUCACUGCUGACAUUGGCCUUGUCAGCAUGAUCCGACAGGGGAUCUUAGCACUGCAGCUGUUGCCUUCUAACUCCAGUGCAGGAAUCAUCAUCAUCACAGACGGUGUGACCAGUGUCCCAGACGUGGCUGUGUGUGAGACUCUGCUCAACCAGCUGCGAAGUAGCACUGUGGCCUGCUCCUUUGUGCAGGUGGGCGGAGUCUACUCAUAUGAUUGCAGCUUUGGCCACGUCCCCAAUGUGGAACUGAUGAAAUUUAUUGCUAUGGCAACUUUUGGUGCAUACCUGUCCACCUGCCCUGAGCUGGAUCCCUUAAGCCUCGACCUGAACGUGUAUCACAAGGCCUUCCUGCUGUAUUCCUUCCUGCGCACCGGGGAGUCCCUGAACCCAGAGUAUUACUGUGUGUCCCAGCACAGACUGUUCAAUGAGCACCUGGUGUCCGCAAGCAGCAACCCGGCUCUGGCCAUGAGGAGGAAGAAGCACACGGAGAAGGAGGUGCAUGCAGACCUCGUGAGCAUAGUCUCUGUCCGGCUGCGUGAGGGCUACAGCAUCCGUGAGGUCAACAUCACCAAAGGUGGCUCCCAGCUGGAAGUGAAGCUGGUCUUGCUGUGGAAACACAACAUGCGGAUAGAAUACCUGGCUGUAGCAGCAUGGCCCCUGGACCCCUCCAAGCGCAGUACCUGGGUGGAGGUGACAAUGGAGGGCAGCUAUGACAUCCUACAUGAUAUCAGCUGCACCAUGAGGAAGCCUAUCACCAGCCUGUACCGUACUACAGUGAUCCGUCGCUUCUGGAACACGCUGCAGAGCAUCAACCAGACAGAUCAGAUGCUGGUUCACCUGCAGUCUUUUGACACCGUUCCAGAGCACUUCACCAUCCCUGAGAGCACUAAGAACGGAGUGCCCCUUUUCUACAUCCCACCAGGCUCCACCACCCCGGUGCUGUCCCUGCAGCACAGCGGCUCUGACUGCAGCCAUUCACAGUUUGCCUCCUACUGGAAGCCCAUCCUCUCCAUGGAUGCCAAUUUCUGGCAGAGGUGGCUGCAUAUGCAUCGGAUUGUUCUCAUGCUGGAGCAUGACACACCCGUCCCAAAGCACCUGCACACACCAGGCAACAAUGGCCGGUACAGCACCAUCCAGUGCCGCAUCUCCCACUCAGCACUCACCUCCCUGCUGCGGGACUGGAGCAGCUUUGUGCUAGUGGAAGGCUACUCCUACGUCAAACUGAUGCCCAGCUCUGAGGAUCCAGCUCCUUCCUCGUUCUAUGUGGUCCGGAUCAUCUCCAAAGCUCCCUGCAUGGUUCUCCGGCUAGGGUUCCCCAUUGGGACACCUGCCCAGGCCAGGAACCAGAUAGUGGAAGAGUUACAGGACCGGAUCCUGCAGCUGCGCUUCCCCCACAGGGUUCAGAGCAAAGAGGCAACUCCCAAAGUGAAGAGGAAAACUUUCGGCAGCAGCUCUCCCUCGAAGUCCCAACCCGUGGCUGGGGCCCCGCCAGCCCUCUCGGACAGGCCCUGCCUUGUAGUGCUGCACAAGCCGCUGGAGAAGCUCCUGAUCAGGUAUGAGAAGCUGCCUUCCGACUACCGGGCUCCCUUCAUCCUCACCCUGGAGCACCCCCCUGUGUCCGGCCCCCUCACUAUGGUGGCCAACCGCACCGCCUCCUCCACCCUGGCUUCGCUCUCCCGCUACUUCUAUCACCAGCGCUGGAUCUGGUGCAUCCAGUCGGGGCUAGCCCCAGCGGUGCCUAUUGCAGCUGUUGCCCAUCUCCUGUCCACACUCACUGAGGUCCGUUUGUCAGAGGGCUUCCAUUUUGCAUCCAGUGGAGACGGAAUUAUCAAUAUGGUGCUGGAGCUGCCCAUACGGAGUGACUCCUCCAGUGAUGACUGCAGCGGCAGAGAGAAGCACACUUGCAUCGUGCAGUAUGUCCUCUUCCCGCCACACUCUACCUCCACCAAGGACAGCUUCUCUACAGAUGAUGACAAUGACACAGAGGUGGAGGCCAUCGAAAUGGACACCGAGCUGAACCUGGUCACUGAGUGCUGGGUGGAACCACAGAGUGGCCACAUCCACAGCACUGCUGAGAACUGGAGGUAUCUCCAAGGGCUGCCCUACCAGAAGAUCCCCAAAGCUCUGUACCCCAGGGAUCUGGCCUGCAUUAGCACCAUGCUAACUUUCGAGUACAUCAGCCAGCUAUGCCAGAACAAGGAGUGGGUGGCCCCGGCUUUGGAAGCCAAGGCUGAUGAAGACCCUGACAUGGGUGCUGGCUCCAAUGUGCAUGAGAUUCCAUUCCAGUUCAGCCUCCUGAAGCUGCUACCCAAAUGCCAGCAGAUCGAAAUGUUCUUCCUCAUGCUGACGGGAGAGGAUGAUGUGAUGGCCAAGGACUCUUCGUUUGCACCCAAUGAAAUGCUGCUAGAGUUCUUCCACGGCUGCCUUCAGCAUGACCUCAGCGACCGGGAGAUCCCCUUGGCGGACUCGGAUCACAUGGCCUUCAUGGAGCAGGUCCUACAGCGGGAGCGCGAUGGCCACCUGCCCCCAUUCACGCUCCCAGUGAUCCGAGAAGAGCCCCUGAAGGCCCGUGCACCCCUGGAACAGCAGGAUCCCUCUCUGGCUGCUCACCCUGUUGGCAGUAGUGCUACCAGGGACAUGAGUGGCUCCACGAGCGCCCUGCAGAGCCUGUGCAGUGCAGAGCUGCCAGAGACCGACGUGUCCCCGGCCAGUGCUGCUGGGCUGCUUCUGCAGUGGCGAUGCUACGCCAAGCUGGUCAGUCCACAGCACCUCUUCGUCACCUUCCUGCCAGCCACCUUCCCUGAUGUACAGAAGCUGAUGGCUUGUGCGCUGGAGGAAGCCGCAAAGGAGGACGGCUCUGCAGGAGAGAGCCUGGAUCCUGUCUGUGGGGAGCUGGGUAGAACGAGAUUCGAAGAGGCGGCUGCGGCAUUCCCACCUGCCCUCAGUGUAACGCCAGCCAAUGAAGCAGGCCAGGACCCAGGAGAGCCAGGCACGUCUCUGCGAAAGGACAUACACAUCUCCUUCAACUGCCAGGCCUCGCAGCCCGAGCUGAGCGAGGGCCACCGACUCCGCUGCCCCAUCUACAUCUAUAGCUGCUCCUUGGAGCUGCUGAGGGAGCAGAUGGUCAGCCCCCGGGCACACCGGCCUCCGCGGGACAUCUUUUUUAGGUCCCAGUUUCUGGAGCGCCCCCCAAAUGCCACCUGGCUAGACCACAAGCACAAGGAGCUGGUGAGUUACUGCACGCUGCUUCAGGAGCACUCACACCAGUGCUACGUGAAAGGGCUGUUCAAGAGCCUGCAGCAGUCACAUAGCAUCAGCUCCCAGGACCUUCUCACAGCUGUGGACUACUGUGAGGAGCUGCUGCAGGAGAUCGACAUCACCCACUUCCUGCUGACCCUCUGCAGCCAUGUGCGGGCCUUCCGCGAGAGCCACCGGCACUUCCACACGCACCCCAGGGCAGCCAGCCAGGAGCAGGAGGAGGAGCUGCCCUCCAGGGAGAGGGGCAUCCUCAUCUCAGAGUCUAGUGCGGAGAUGGAGGACUACAGCGAGCAGGACCACAGAAGUUUCUCAUGCCCCACUGAGGAGCCAAAGAUCAGCGCCAGCUGCUGCCCAGAGUUUCCCCUAUCCCUGCUGGAGAAUGGCCAACCCUGCCAGGUGCACCCUGACCUGCAUAAAAUCAUCCAGGAGAAGUUCCUGGAAAUUGGGAGUUUGCAUUUUAAGCCAGUGCUCUCGAAUCCUCAUUAUUUCUUCUACUGUCCGCCCUGUGCCAAGAAAGAGGAGGAGGCCUCCCGGGACCAGGCAGACAGGAAGGGCAGCGAGGACAUGGAGGGGUCGGAGGCUGAACUGGCAGCUGAAGAAGGGACCGUGUCUGGCUGCUGCAUUGCCACGGAGAGUGACCCAGAGCUGGAGGUGGAGUAUCGGGAGAAGCUGGAGAACGAGUUCCCAGACUUGGGCUCCCUUUCGGACUCGAACACCGUCAACCACGACGAUGACUCGUUCAGUGUCCUGGGCGGGGACUCGCUGAAUGAGCAGGAGCUCCUGGAGCAGGAGAUGCCACCGCUCUUUGUGCACCUGACCUGCUCAGUGAAGCUGCGCAGCCAGCACAGCUCCAUGCCUGUGCGGUCGCUGCCUACCUGCCUGGGGGAAGUGCUGAGUUGCCUGGAGAGCUGCCAGGCUAUGGCUAGCAUUGACCUCAGCGACCUCUGUGUGACCCUGGACAUCUUUGUGCUGACCUUGCCGCUGGAGAUAGAAGGUGUAAAUGCUGACCUUCACCACAACAGGUACACAUCUGAGAGCAGCAUCUCCUUCACUCGCUCGCCCGGGCAGCCCUCCUCCUUUCGCUCUGACGAGGAGAUCAUGCACAACCUGGAGCGGCUGCCAUCUACGGGAGGCGAGAGGCACCCAGCGCUCUCCAACCUCCCAGGGGUACACAGACAAGCUGUCGAAGCCACCAUGAAUGAGAUCCGCUGGCUUCUGGAUGAUGAGAUGGUGUCUGCGCUGCGCCAUUCGCAGGCGGUCAGCGCCUCCAUCCUGGAACGGGUCGCCACUCACGUCUACAGCUCCCAGGGGAGGCCCAGCUGCCACAGCGAGGUGGUGCCACUGCAGUUUGUCUUUGGGCCUGAGCACUCCUUGGAGAAGUUCAGAGAGGAGUUCCGGAGAAUGACCCUGCCGGGCUAUGUGCUCAACGUAGAGGGCAGUGAUUACCACUACGUCUCCGUCAGCCGCCUGCACCCCCUGGAGACCCCCGCCAGCGCUGUCCCCAGCCUGCAGCAGCCCACGCCAGGAGGGAGCACCAGAGCAGCCCAGAGCCACGUUGGGCAGGAGAGGAGUAGCGGAGCAGAUGCCGAAGGCCUCCAGCCAAACCAUCCAGUGCCCUCCCUGCUGCAGGCGGCUGAGGGCCUCUGGGCCUGGCCCGUGGGUGAGAGCCAGUUUGGGCCAGACAUGAGAAAUCCACUGGGCGAGAGCAGCCAGACGCAGGAUGAGGAGCCAGAGGAGGUGCUGAGGCCGGAGCCAAGUGGAGCAGUGGGGCACAGCUCGCUGGAGGAGGCAGCUCAGGAGAUGACCCCCCUGACCCCUCCCCACUCUCAGUUCCUGCCCUUGUCCUCCGAGAAGGGGAGUGGUGAGAAAUUGCCAUCUGCAGCAAGCCUGGCUGACUCCGGGACCCAGGGCAGGGAAGGUGCCAGCAAGCAGCGUCCCAGCCGAGUGCAGAGCCUAGUGUCAAGCCAGGGCAGCAUGGACUCGGAUCACUUAGGUUACGACGGAGGGAGCAGUGACUCGGAGUGCGAGGAAGCCCUGAUGAGCGACCAUGACCCCAAGUGCCCCCUGAUGCCGGAUUUCUGGCUCAUUGUAAAGAUCCAGCAGGACCGGGUGGAGGUGUAUUCUCACACACGCAGCCUGAGUGCGGAGCAGGUGGCGAUGGCUGAGGCUGGGAAGGAGCCGGCCGGGGAGUGUCUGCAUCUCCACCAGACCGUGGUGAGGAAGAUUGGCGAGAUCUGCAGGGUCGUUAACCAGCGCUUGCUGCUGCAGGACCUGCACGACAGCCAUGUCUGCAACACGCUGCUGGUGGCGGAGAGCGAGGAGGACAUCUGGAAGAGCGAGACUCCCUACAACUCUUACCGGCAGCGCGCCCAGCCCACCGAUGAUUACUCCACUGAGGAGAGCUACCAGCCCCGUGACUACCUGGCAGCCACCAUGCAGUUCAUGCCAGGCCACUUCGCCUGCCCCGUCGUGUGGAGCACCCUCAUCCAUGUGCACUCCCGUCUCAAGAUGGGGCCCAACAUGGGGGUCUCGCGAGCUAUCCAGGCACUGCGCUCGGUGCUCAAUGCUUUCUGCGUGGUUAACAGGAAGAACAUGUUUGUCUACCAGGAGCGAUCCACCAAGUCAGUCUUCUACCUCCGACUCUCUGAAACCACCCACAGUGGGAAGGCGUGGGAAGGGGAGAGCAUCCAAGGCUGCAUGUGCCGCUCGCUGGCUCUGACGCGCAGUCAGGAGCCCAUUUACAUGGAGGAUCAGACAGGUUCGCGCUCUUCCCUGGACACAGCCUCUUGCCGCAGCGCAGACUCUGCCCGCCCCGUGGGACAGGUGGACAGACACAUCCAGCUCAUGGUGCAUGGGGUUGCCCCAGCAGGGCCUGAGAUCACAGACGAGCUGGUGAAGGUUCUGCGCAGGCGUCUGGAUGAAGCCACCUUGGACAUCAUCACUGUAAUGCUAGUGCGGAACUGCAAGCUGACCCCGGCUGACGUGGAGUUCAUCCAGCCCCCAGGCUCUCUGCCCACAGAAGUCCUCCAGUUCACUCUGCCCCCAGCCUCUCUGCCCUGGCUCCAUGCUGUGGCCUGUUACCUGCGCCAGAACCUGCUCAUCUUCCUGCACACUCCCAAGUACACCGACAGCAACGUUGAGCACCACUUCAAGCACUACUUCCAGCAGGGUGGCAGUCCCGACCUUGAUCUCUACCUGUACAACAAGCCCGGUGGCCAAGGCACUGGUGGCAAAGGAAUUGCGUGCAUUGCUCUGUCAUUCGUGGAUGAGCAUGGCAGCCCCCUCUCACUGGCACACUGGGAACGGUCUAGUUCCCUGAAGCUGCCCCCAUCCCUGCCUGGCACAGACCUGCUGCAGGAUGCAGACUUCGAGAGCCUCACUGCAGUCAGCAGGCACCAUGCUGAACCUGGCACCCUCAAACCAGCUGCCUGCACCCUGGUGCGCUUGGACGUCUGGGAGAAAGGGAACAUCAGCCCCCUGCAGCUGUCCGAGAAGCUGCGCAGCGCCGUGCGCCAUGCCCUGUGUGACGCAGUCAUGGAGUUCCGAGUGCUACCGGCCCCACUCUGCAUGGAGGCCGCCUGCCCGCUGGAGGAGCUAGGCAGUGGGGGAGGCCUCAGGAGGACCGUGUCGGAGACCAAGGGGCUGGCUCUUCCUGCGGGCAGUGCGGGUGCCAGUAGAGCGCCCCCACCCCCUCUGCACUUCACCUCAGCUUCCAGCUCUAGCUCUGGCGAGCCAGUCACGCCCACAAACAAGAUGGGGCGCCGGAGCUUCUGGGACAUGCUGAGUAAGGCCGACUCCUCGGAGCUGGGCAGCCCCAAAACCACUGACGACAUCGUGCUGGAGCGGCCAGAGGAGAGUCGCACCCGGCGCCGCCAUAAGACAGAGAGCGUCAAGCAGCAUCUGAGCCAGGAGCGUGCUUCCGCCACGGCUGAGCUGGAGCAAGCCCAGAGGCGUCAAGUCUGCCAGCUCCAGGAAGGGGAAGUGGGCACCAUGCACCCGCUCUUCAGUCAGACCUGCCAGCAGUGGAUGGCUUUCAUGAGUCGGCUGGGGUGUCCUUCGGUGCAGCAGUGUUCGGUGGAGAUCGUCUCCCGCUUCCUGCUCUCCUCCAUCCUGGAGGAGGUGGUGAGCCUGGUCACGGCCCUGGCGAGCGACACCACUGUCAAGGUGUUCCAGCAGCACUGCUGCCCUCAGGGUGCCACCUUCCUUCCAUAUAACCCCCAUCAGAGCUCCAGUCCUCGGCCUGCAGCCAUCAGACAUUUCAUCCUGCUGGGACGCAACUUCCACCAGUGGCGCUACAAAACAGAGCAGGCCCACAAGGGGCUCCAGCACUUCGAGGCCGUGGAGCUGAGCUUGACUGAGAAGGGCUCCAACUCCAGCCCCUCACUGGCCCCGCGGCAGAGAUUCCUUCUCUUGGAGAUCCUCGACAAGAAGCUGAUGCUCUACACUUACAACUGGUCCCCGGACCUGGGCAGCUCCUUGAACAGCUCACUCACCCGCCUGCUGCAGUGGCAGAACGCCCGCUCCCACAUCGUGCAUUGCCUCCUCAGCCAGAAACUGGGGCUCUUCCACCACUACUGCCACCUGGACACACCCUGGCAUGAGGACAGCAAGCAGGAGCCAAACCCCUUCCUGAACUCUACCCUGGAGGUGGAUGCCCUGAUCCGGAGCUCGAGCCCUCCCCCCAGCAAGGAGCAAGGCCGGCUCAGCAGCUCCGCGCGCAGCCUGCCAUCCCUGCACUUCCCACCUGACAUGAUGCCCUUCGACGAAGCUCUGCGAGAUGUCACCACCCUCAAGGGCGUCCCCCUCAUCCCAGAGCUGGGGCCACGUGACCCGGUGUCUUGGCAUGGUGCCCAGUUCCUGGAAAUCAAGAGCCUGGAGAGGAGAGAGCUGGAGAAGCAGAUGAAGAUUGAGAAUCUCUUUGUGACUUGGCAGCAGAGAUCGGCACAGUCCAACAUGCCCAUCAGUCUGGCAGACCUGGAGACCCUGAAGCAGUCCUCGCGCCUGGUUCACUAUUGUGCCACACCACUGCUCUUCGACCCAGCUUUCCGGCAGCAGAUCCAGGCCGACCAGCAGGCGAAUCUGGAGGGGAAGAAGCGCCAUCGCUCAAGCGACUCAACGGCGUCGGGGCGGGACCGGAGCCACAGCUGUGACUCGGCAGAGGUGCUGCCCUGCAAGCUGAAGGAGGAGCCCUGGCUGCAGGAGAUGUGCAAUGCCUUCCUGCAGCAGUACAUUCAGUACCUGCAGAGCAUGGGUUUCAUCCUGGUGCAGGUGCGGCCCCCCUCACCCGCCCGCAGUAGCACGAGCCGGAUGCGAGCUCUGGCAUUCCUGGGCACUGAGGGGAGAGGCUCCUUCUCCUACAAGCCCAAAGCAGACGGGAGUCCGAAGAGCACAAGCCCCCCAGUCACCACCUACCACCUGCAGAGAGCCCUCCCAGGUGGCAUAGUGCUCAUGGAGCUGGGCUUCCAGGGCUGUUACUUCUGCGUGAAGCAGUAUGCGUUGGAGUGCUCGCGGAUUCCCAUGGGCCAGUCCGUCAACUCGCAGCUCUCCAUGCUCUUCACGGAGGAAUGUGACAAGGUGCGGGACCUCAUGCACGUGCACUCGUUCAGCUAUGACUUUCACCUGCGCAUCGUGCACCAGUACCUGCUGGGCUCCCACAUGGCCCUGCGCCAGGGCUACCACCUCACCAGCUUCCUGGAGGAUUUCAUUGCCCACCACCCCGACAUCCCCAAAUUCGGCCGCAACCACGUCUUCCAAGGCAUGCUGGCCAUGCCCACCAACAUGAUAACAGCCCACCAGCUCUACAACUACGUGGCAGACCAUGCCAAUACCUACCACAUGAAGCCCCUGCGCAUGGUCCGGCUGGCUGUGGGCAGCGACGGCAGGAAGGGGACCCCGGGCAUGGAGCAGAACGAAUACGCACUGGUCUCCAUCUGGAACAGCUCAGGCUCCUACAAAGACUCAGAGGGGUUGCGGCACCAUGACGACUUUGAUGUGUCCCUGCUGGUGUGUCACAGCGCUGCGCCGUUCGAGGAGCAGAGCGAGGCGGAGAGGCACGUGCUCCGGCUGCGUUUCUACGUCAUCAUGACAAGCCAACGGGAGCUGUUCCCCCGGCUGACAGCUGACAUGCGGCGCUUCAAGAAGCAGCCGCGCUUGCAGCGGGAGAGCACGCUGGAGCCAGCGGUGGGCCGGGCGGCGCAGGAGGUGCCAGAGCCGGGUCAGGGCUGGCAGCAGCAGGCGGAGAGGGAGCUGUGGCAGGAGGUAGAGGAUAGCAGCGAGUUCUACGCAGGCGGUGCCCAGGUCAAGCUGGGCCCUGGGCUGUUCUACACCUCGCCGCUCUUCCCCCUGCUGGCCUCCGAGGUGGCCGUAGCCCAGAAACAGCUGAGCAGCAUGGUGCAGCUGGCCAAGUGCCACUGCCGCAGGGACAACCUCUGGAAACGCCUCUUCCUGCUGGAGCCGCUGGCCUCCGACAAACUCAAGCUGGGCAAGCUGUCACUGGGGGAGCUGGAGGAGCUGUUGAACGCAGUGCACGGGAAAUCCAUUGCUGACAUCGACCCCCAGCUGGGUUGCUUCCUCACCAUGACUGUGCCCUGGUACCAGAGCCUCAUCAAAGUGCUGCUGAGCCGCUUCCCGCAGAGCUGCCGCCACUUCCACAACGUUGAAACUGGCACCCAGUAUCUGGUCGUGCUCAACCAGAAGUUCACAGACUGUUUUGUUCUCGUGUUUCUGGAUUCCCACUCAGGGAAGACGAGUCUGACGGUGGUUUUCCGGGAGCCGUUCCCCGUGCAGCCCCAGAAUAGUGAGAGCCCCCUGCCGCAGCUAGUGUCCACCUACCAUCACCUUGAAUCUGUCAUCAACACGGCCUGCUUCAACCUGUGGACAGGGCUGCUCUAGCCAGGGGCCAGCACCUCCCAGCCAGACACACAGAGCCACACCCUGGAGCUGACCUCCAGCAGGAUCCCCCCAGCACUGCUGGCAGCACGGGGGUCACGUGAUGCACGAGUAAUGGACAGAGUGGAGGGUGCCUGGGGCUUGGCGGCACCCCUGGACCUGCAGCUAGCCCAGACUCCCCAGAAGGGGUGGGCUGGGGUGUGUCCCCCCUUCCUGGGUAGGGGAGCUGCUGUUAAGGACACUCACGUGUGUUUGACACUGAAUGGAUCUGAAACGGAGACCCAGGGAUGGUCCCGGUGGCCCUGGCACCAGGAACUUCGCACAGCUGCCAUCUCGGGGCCCAGAAACCUGGCAUCCAUGUAUGCACAUCCCUGGGCUUGGUGACAAGAGGUGCCUGGUAUGCUGGGCCAGGGCCAGGCCCAGUCCUGAGGGCAGCGAGCACAGUUGCUGCAGGCUGUCAUUUCGAUGGGUGGAAGCAGCGUGGGAUUUCAGUGCUGGGCCAGCAGAGGGGUGGUUACGAGGAUGUACUGAAGAACGUCACUGUCAAAUAAACUGCCUCAGACUGGC